ACUCCUUUUCAAGUUCAGUGUUUUCCCGUCGUUCAAACAUUGUUCUACAACCCCGAAGAAAUGUCCCACUUUGACGCGCUCACAAAAUGCUGGCACGGUCUCCGCCAGCCUCCGAUCCUGAAUCCGGCCGCCAGCCUCGGCCAGGUGAUCAUCAACCUGCUGGAGCGCACCCCGGACAAGGUGUUUGAGAUUUGUGCCGACAGCGGAGCGGAGUUCACCUGUCGAGAGCUACGCCUUCGGAUGAUCCGGGCGGCGCUCAAUCUGACCAAAAGGUAUGGCCUUACGAAGGGGGACGUGGUCUGCAUGGCCGUCGAGAAUAGCCCACGGGUGACGGCGUCCUUGCUGGGAUGUUUCUUGGUGGGAGCUCCUGCGCACGCAUUACACGCCCACUUCGAGGAGUCCGACCUGAUGCACUUGAUGGGCAUCACGAAGCCCAAGUUGGUGUUCUGCAACGGGCAUAACUUGGCCACGGUGAAGCGGUCGCUCGAUGGUAUCGGGUUAAACGCGCAGAUUCUGGUGUUGGACGCGCCGGAAACUGAGGAAACCCUGUUUUCACCCGUGGACAACGAAGACAAGUACCAACCACCUUACCUGGGCGAUUCGGACAAAACCGUGGCCGCGAUCGUAUGCUCCUCCGGAACCACCAACCUCCCAAAAGCCGUCUGCGUCAGCCACGCCCAGUUGAUCGCUCCGUACGUGCGCGUUACCGGCCUCGGAGUCGAAACCUUCCUCUGCUUCAGCUCGCUCUACUGGGGAUCGGCCUUCCAAAUGUUGAUGCUGGCCCUGUUCAACGGUGGAACACGUAUCACCACCGCGAAAUCAUUCAGCCCAAGCUUCGCCGGGGAGCUGAUCGCCAAGUACCGCGUCACGACCAUCUUCACGCCACCGCCCAUGCUGGCGGACCUGGUUGACCACUGGGAGGCGAACCAGCUGCGCUUUCCCACGUUGCGCAUCGUGGGCACCGGAGGAUGUGCCCUGCCGGAGGCGUUGCGGAAGCGAGCGGAUGCGCUGCUCAACCCGGAAGGGCGCGUGUUUUUGGGCUAUUCCAUGAGUGAGUUUGGCGGGAUUAUUGCACUGGACAUGGUGCCCAGGGCGGGGUCCGUAGGAAUGCUGGCGACGAACGUGACGGCGAGGAUCGUCUCCGAAGACGGCACCCGCGUCCUCGGCCCCAACGAGGAGGGUGAAAUCCAAGCGUCGUACCCACACCGCUUCAUCGGCUACUACGCCAACCCGGAGGAAACCGCCGCCUUCUUCACGCCGGACGGCUUCAUCCAAACGGGCGACAUUGGCCGCUUCGACGCCGAUGGCUUCCUGUACAUUACGGACCGCCGCAAGUCGAUGAUUCGCUACCGCAACUUCCAGAUCGCUCCGGCCCAGCUGGAGGCGCUGAUCGUCGAGCUGGCCGGGGUUAGCCAGGCGGUGGUGGUCGGGCUGCCGGAUCCGAAGGUGGCCAGCAACGAUUUGGCGACGGCGCUGGUUGUGGUGCGGGGGAGCUCGGUUAGCGCGGAGGAGAUUGUGGCGCACGUGGACGGGCGGGUCCCGGACUACAAGCGGCUGCGGGGGGGAGUUUUUAUCGUGGAGUCACUGCCGAGGACCGGCAACGACAAGAUCGAUCGACGACGGGCCACGAAGCUGGCACGAGGGCUUUCACAACUUUGUUGAGGGAGGGGUUUCUUUUAGUUUACCCUUUUUAUUUUUGACUUUUUUUGUUUGUCAUGUUUUACAGAUUGUUUUUUGUGUAAGAUUAAUCAACAGUAGAUUUCCUCCAAUAUUGCUUGCGCAAGUUCCUCUUCUCACUGCUCACUCUUACACUUUUGCAAAAAUAAAAACGUUUAAAAACAUAAUUAGUGCGAUGCCUAAAUAGUAGAUGUAGUGCAUCCAGAGAGAUUACUAUGCAAAAAAUAAAAUAAAAUAAGCAAAAAUAUAAAUAUCUAUCUAUUUGUUUUUCUUUUCUACUUUUCUCCUAGAAAACUAUAAAUAUAAGUGUAGAUGUGUGUGUGUGUUAUUCAGCAAACGCAGUUGUUAUCAAUUCGCACUCGAGAUAGGAAAUAUUUACACAGAAAAAGAGGGUUGCGAGUCGCAACUGCUUUUAGCUCACUUGCUCUACCAAUUGAGUGAAAAAAAAUCCAUUGAAAUAUUUCUCGCACUCGCUCUUCGUUCUAAAAACAGGAAAUUGACAUUUGCUGCGCGUUAUUUUCAAUUAUUUCUAAUAUAUAUUUUCCCCUUACUUUUUUUUGUCUUACUCUUGUCAAUAAUGUUCAUAUCGCGUGUUUUGUUUGUUUUUAUUUUUUAGGAUUCUGUAUAUAAUAAUACCAUCAUUAUCGGGUUUGCCCAAAGAAGGCAAACGGUUUUCAUUAUUAUUACUACUACUAUUACAUAACUAACUUUUAGUUGUUCUAUUUGUUACUAACUAUGCUUCAACGUUACGUUUGUACACAUUUCUGACUAUUUAACUUUUUUCUCGGUUGCAACACCAGUUCAGUACGCUUCAACUGUUGUGUGGUCUAGUUCCAAAGCGGGAGCAAAGAGCAAUUCUCGAAAAUGUUGAACAGUAAUUACGGUUUGUAUUUUCGUUUAUUUUGCAGAAAAAAUUGAGCGAACACAGAAAAGAAAUGUAAAACAUUGGGCGAUUUGAAAAUUCGAUGGUGUAAAUUUACAACUUUUUCUGUGUAAUUUGAAGUAAAUUAAUGAAAUGUAAAAUUACACAAUUUUCUGUCACGAUGUUCAUCUUGCAAGAUGUAAUGUCAAAAAGUAAGUUAUUUUAUAUCAAAAUCUGGUGAAAUUUGCUUCACUUUCUGUGUGACUUCACGGAUUUACACAUUCAUUUAGGUAAAAUUACAUGAACAGGAAUUAAUCUACACCUGCAAAUUUUUAAUUUGCCUUUUUUACUUUUGUUGCUGUGACACUUUCUGGUAGACCAAAAUAGCCAAUUUACGAAUUUUUUUUAUCCAUACUUUAAAGCUUUCAACAUAUUUUUAAAGUGAUAUUUCCAAAAAUCUAUAACAUUUGGUGUCUUUGGCAAAUUUAUGUGUUUUGAUAAAAAUUGCUCAGAAAAAUAUUCACAAAUCAAACAAA